AGAUGGGCUCGCUGGGCCUCCGCCCCCGGAGGGCGGGAGGUGGGUGUGGGCGCGGCCGCCGCGCCCGCGAGCCCGAGCGCGCCCCGGGGCGCACCUUCCUUUGCUCGCAGGCGUCCCGCCGGCCGGUCUCGCCCCGCCACGCGUCCCGGUUAGUGUGAUCUCAACUCAAGGCAAAAGUGGGAUAUCAUGGCAUCCAGCUGGGUUGGACACCGAGGAACAAUAAGGAGUUAUCCAGGCUUUAGCGCAUCAGUGGAUGCUGAGGCUAUUCGUAAGGCAAUCAGAGGAAUUGGAACCGAUGAGAAAACCCUCAUCAGCAUCCUGACCGAGAGGUCGAACGCUCAGCGUCAGCUGAUUGCCAAGGAGUACCAGGCGGCUCAUGGGAAGAGGCUGAAAGAUGACUUGAAGGGUGAUCUCUCGGGACACUUUGAACAUCUCAUGGUGGCCCUAGUGACUCCACCAGCAGUGUUUGAUGCAAAGCAGCUGAAGAAAUCCAUGAAGGGCACUGGAACAAAUGAAGAUGCCUUGAUUGAAAUUUUAACAACCAGGACAAGCAGGCAGAUAAAGGAGAUCUCUCAAGCAUAUUACACAGUAUAUAAGAAGAGUCUUGGAGAUGACAUUAGUUCUGAAACAUCUGGAGACUUCCGGAAAGCUCUGCUGACUUUGGCAGAUGGCAGAAGAGAUGAAACUCUGAAAGUGGAUGAGCAUCUGGCCAAAAAAGAUGCCCAGAUUCUCUAUAAUGCCGGUGAGAGCAGGUGGGGCACGGAUGAGGACAAAUUCACAGAGAUCCUGUGUUUAAGGAGCUUUCCGCAGCUGAAACUGACAUUUGAUGAAUACAGAAAUAUCAGCCAAAAGGACAUCGAGGACAGCAUAAAAGGAGAGUUAUCUGGGCAUUUUGAAGAUUUACUGCUGGCCAUAGUUCGUUGUGCGAGGAACACUCCUGCCUUUCUAGCUGGAAGACUGCACCAAGCCUUGAAGGGUGCUGGAACUGAUGAGUUUACGCUGAACCGAAUAAUGGUUUCCCGAUCAGAAAUUGACCUUCUGGACAUUCGAGCAGAGUUCAAGAAGCAUUGUGGCUAUUCUCUGUAUUCAGCAAUUAAAUCGGAUACUUCUGGAGACUAUGAAGUCGCGCUCUUAAAGAUCUGUGGAGGAGAUGACUGAAUCAAGAAGAUAAUUUCUGUAGUUCACCUCUGCAUACCAGGCUUCCCACCAGCUCUGUUUACUUCUCUCUCACAGUAUUUAAAAGUAUAAGCAAGUAUAAAUAGCAACCUGUUUUCCUAA